UUCCCUUUUUGCAGAUGGGUUUAAGUAAUUACAAAACGACGUCGUCGUCGUAAACUCCCCAAAUCCUCGCAUAAUUCUCCCGGCGAUCGAUCCAUUCGACCCCGUCUGGGUUUUGCAAACCCUAAUCGCACACACAGAGUGAAGGAGCUGAAUUCUCACUUUUCUGAUCAUGGUUUACAUUGAAUCUUGGGACGAUUUCGUGGAAAAGUCCGUCCAAUUGUUUCGAUCUGAUCCCGAAAAAACUCGUUAUGCCAUGAAAUACAGGCAUUGUGAUGGAAAAUUGGUGCUCAAAGUCACCGAUGAUAGAGAGUGUAUCAAAUUUAAGACAGACCAAGCACAGGAUGCAAAGAAGAUGGAGAAGUUCAAUAACAUCUUCUUUACUUUGAUGGCUCGGGGACCUGAUGCCGACAUAUCCGAAGGUGGUGGAAAAGAACAAGUUGAAGCACAGGCACCAAGGAGAGGAAGGGGAAGGAAGCAAUAGUAUUACUACUAUUCAUCAGCAUCUGCCCAACGUAAGAACCAUUUUGUGAGACAUGGUUUAAUUUAGUUAUAAUUUAUUUAAUCUGAGAUGCAAAGAAUUUUGGUUUAUUCCUAUUAUUGAAGAUAAUAGUGUGUGAAAUGGCUUUGGUAACUUCAUUUCACUUAUACUUUUGUUGUCGCAAACUCUACCAUCUUCUUAAAAAUAGUUCAAAGCCCAUGUUGUUGGUUUGUCGAUGAAUUUGUUUGUUUUUGUAGAACCGAUUUUGAGAUACAUUGAAUUCGUAAUACAAGUUUGCAUGGGCUUGUUCAA